UGUGAAAUGAAAAGUAGAUUAUUUUCUGUAAUUUUUAAAAGUUCCCCUUUGAAUUAACGAUUUCAUUGCAAAUGGAGUUUCAAUGUUGAUGUUUUGUACAAAUCUAACUGGAAGUAACGAAAAAAGCAAAUGGUAUUAAGUUUCCGGAGGAAUGAGCUUGUUGAUCUCCUGGGCUUUGUUGGGAUGAACAAAACUGGUGUCAAGGCUACACUUCUACAGAGGGCUGUUACAUUGAUAAAUUCAUCCCGGGGAUGUUCGGUUCCAGUGCAAAUCAAAAUUAGAGAACUUUAUAGACAAAUACACAAUCCAUAUGCAACGGAGCCUCCUCGAACUCGAAACCCUCCGCGUGCAGCAGCACAGCUUGCAGAUCCAAGGCUACGUGGGAAGUAUCCGACCCCAGGGGGAUCAAAGACCAGCAUGAAUACAUCAAGUAUGUUACCCAGUGCAGUGGAUUUCUCCAAGCGAGCACAGGAGCUGGCUGCAGCGGCAGGGGUUCAGUCAUUACCCGUCCAUCCAGACGUCCGCUUCAAACCUUUACCCUUCUUUGACAUCAUGGGAGAGCUCCUUAAACCAACUAGUCUAUCACCCAAGGGUAUUUCGAGGUACCAGGAGACAUACUUUGUGUUUCACCUUACACCCCAGCAGGCACAAGAUAUUGCCAUGUCCCGAGAUUUCCGGCCCACAGCCAAGUGGGAAUACACAGCACAGGUCCAGCUCAGGUUUUGUUUCCUUGAGACAAGUUGUGAGCAGGACGACAACUUUCCACCAAGUAUCUGUGUUCGAGUAAAUGGCAAAGUGGCUCAGUUACCUAACCCUAUUCCCACAACAAAGCCUGGCGUAGAGCCAAAACGUCCAGGUCGACCGGUAGACAUCACAUCAUUAUGUCGACUGUCUCCUACCAUGCCUAACCAUGUGGAGAUUUCAUGGGCAUCUGAGUUCGGAAGGGGUUUUGUAGUGUCAAUAAACUUAGUCAAACGUCUCACAUCUGAUACCUUACUACAGCGGUUAAAAGAAUUUGGUAACAGACAUCCUGACCACACAAGAGCCAUGAUAAAAGAGAAGCUGCAUCAUGAUGCAGACAGCGAGAUUGCCACAACUAGUCUACGGGUGUCAUUAGUAUGUCCAUUGGGCAAGAUGCGGAUGCAGUUACCAUGUCGGGCGGAAUCAUGCAAACAUCUACAGUGUUUCGACGCAACCACAUAUCUCAUGAUGAACGAGAAAAAACCCACAUGGCUCUGUCCUGUGUGUGAUAAACAAACGCCUUUUAACAAACUUAACAUUGAUAGGUUGUUUUGUGAGAUUCUUCAAAGCACUGAUGAGUCAGAAAUCCAGUUUGUAGAAGAUGGGUCAUGGUCGGCCAUCAAAAAUAAAGAGACCACACACACCAUCCAGAGCACACCAUCAAGAUCAGCUAACGAGAGUGCAGUGAACUUAUGUGAUGGAGAUUCUGACUCACCUGGCCCAUCCCCGGCUGCGAAGAAACCGAAAAUGGAAGUGAUAGACCUCACAUUAUCAGAUUCUGAAGAUGACGAACCCGCAUCAGUAGCCCAGUCCUCUACACAUGAAAUUAGCUCAGGGUGCUCCACCCCAUCCAUGGGCCUUGGCUCGUGUUCAGUCCCAAGUGGGAGCGCAACCGUGUCAGACAGCUUGCCUCCAAUGCCCCCACUCCUUGCCUUUGACCCCAGCCUAAACAAUCUCACCAACCAACUCAACUCUAUGAGUAACGGUCAGAAAAACACGGAGUUUGUUGGACUUAACCUUAGCACCCGUCCAAGCAGUAGCUCCAUUAUUUCAACCAAACGGGAAAAGCACAGUGAUUCCGAGACAGAUUCCUGGCUCUCAGCUCUCAGUGGUCAUAUGCAGGGCCAGAAGCGACCCCACUCCGGCAGUGGGACGGCCCCUCCACCGCAGAAGAGGGCGAUGAUGGACCAGCUUGCCAGUGACUCACCUGCUUCAUCCAAUUCAAACAUGUCUCCAUUAGUAGACUUGGACCAGCUCUGCAGUAUCCUCGACUCCGACAGGGACCGACACAAGGAGGAGAUAUCCAGCGUGUUGUCAUUUCCAAGUGACUUUCCCAUGUCUGGUUCGGCAAGCAACUCGAGAAGUGCAUUCAGUGUCUCACCAUCCGACAUCAUAGCACUGGACUGAGGGAUGAGACUGGGGUUUAGAACUGUGGGAACAAUGCUUACCAAAGUCUCAGGCUGUGUUGAACAUUGGAGGGCAUUUUUUGUCCACGUUGUUGACACGAGAAGACCGUUGUAUGAGAUCACAUUCUGUGGCUGAAACGAAAGACGUUUAAGCAAAUAGAGGCCUCUUUUAAACAUGGUUGUUUGAAUCAAAACAUGACCAUUUGGGUCUGAGCCAAACUGAUCUAACAAUUACUGUGUUCACAUGGUAAUAUGUCUUACAUGUUAUUUCUUUGAGUUAAUCCGUUACAGUAAGCGUUAUACGUAUGUUUCAUCCACUGUGAGAUAUAUUUAUGUAUAAAAAUUGUUUUACAAAAGGUUUGUUGAACAAACUUUUAAACCUCACAGUUUUUAGACGGAUUGUUCUGAACCUGUUACAUGUGAUCACCAUGAAGUUAACAGUUGUCUAAACACAUUCUCCAUUUGCUGUUCUUAUUUGUUGUUUUGUUCUAAAGAGUUAUGGCCCUCUGACUGAAUGUUCACUUCUCAGCUUUAUUUAUUUUCAACUCUUGUUUGAUUUUGAGAUUAUAAUUUUCUAUGAAAUAUAACGGAUUUAGUAAAAUGCCAUCAACAAUAGCCUUCAUAUAUUUUAUCAUAUCAAUUGACCAUUGUAUAUAUACAUACAUUGUUGUUUUAAUUGUUUCUGCUCAGGUGCUGUAAAGUGUAAAGAUAAUGGUUAUAUUUUAAAAAGAUGCAUGAAAUAGUUCUGUUUUAACUGUUGACAUACAUACACCAUAAACUGACAAACAUUCUAUUGAAAUGAUGGAUUUCUUUGGCAGUGUUUUUAACAUUUUUCUUUCAGCACCGAUGAAUUGUUAAACUUUAAAUAUUUGCUUGUAAUGAUCUCAACAAACAGCAAUUUCAUUGUACAUGCGAUCCAUUUUUAUUGAAAAUCUCUUUUUAGUCACUAUUAUAUUAGCAUUUCCAUCAUCAUUAUCAUCAUCAUCAUCAUCAUCAUCAUCGCUGAUUUGUACACUACUCAUCAUAAGUUUCAUCACUUCCUACAAAUUCACCAUUGAUUUUGAUAUAAGUUUAAUAUGUUAACUGGGAUACUUGAUAAUAAUAUUUUUGGUCAGCUAAAUUCUGAUAAUUCAGACAUAAUUAUACAUAUGGCCAUGCCAAAAUACCAAAUAGAUUCUGUGUUAAACAACAAGUCUUGCCUACUUAGAAGGAAAAAAAGAGCCAUUGGAAAAAAUAUUCUUACAAAAAUGCCCCUGAUGGCAUGAAAUCUUUUCACAUUCAUUUCCAGAUCAAUACAUCUUGAAAUUUAACUUAAACUCAGAUCAUUGUUAUUUUAAUCAUAGUUAAGUUCCUGAAAUUCAUAUUGCCAUGCUUAAUUUAGAUUUUGGUAGAGGUUUUUGGACUCAGUAAACAUAUAGAAUCAAUUUGGCAUUUCCUAAGUUAAGAAAACAAUGUUUUGUUUUGCAUUGCUUCUGGAUUGAAUCUUGACAAUCUGUUAAAAAAUUAAUGCCAUGAAAAAUUGCUAUAAAUUUUGAUCCAGUGUUUCCAAUGCUCCUAAAGUUGGCAUUUGUUCAUGAAAUUAACCGAGAAAAUCUUCCAAUGUCUGGGUUUUCAAUACAAAAUGCUGAAGAAUAAAUUCCUUGUACCAAUUAAGAGACUUUUGGAGAACAGUGUAUAUGAUUGUUGUCUCUUUUAAAUGGCUAUUCAACAGAGAACUUGAUUUCAGUCAACAUAUUCUGAAGAAGAAAUAUUUUCUUUUCCAAUCUUGGCACAAAAUAUAUGAGACACUGGGCCGAUCGUUCAGAACUUUGUUAACAAAGUUAACAACAUUGUUAACGACACAGUUUUAAACUUUAGUAGGUGAAUAGUUGAUGAUAUGCUCAUAUUUCAAUGAAACAAGUACAGCUGAAACAGUUGUCUCAUAUCUUGUUAGAAAUACUGCUGUAUAUAUUAAGAUGCUUCUGUAAUACAGACCCUGGUCUCAUGUAUAUCCAUAAGACUUACAGUGCAAUACAGGUUUAAACGUUAACAACAACGACUUUGUUACUUUUAACUAAGUUCUAAACAAUUGGCCCUAUGUCUCCUUGUGUUAAAUUUUAAUAAUUUGAAUUUGUAGUAGUGCUUAGGUUCGAUGACCCAGGCCCCAGGGAUUUAGCUAAACAGUUAUUUGAGGGUGCUGCACACUGCACCUUUUAGGUAGUCCCCCGGAGACCACCAACAUGUGCACUUUUCUGCCAUCUGAGAUUUGAAUGAUAUAGAAUACUAGUAAUAAAAUAAUUGCUUUUUGUUUUGUUUGACAGAUUAUACCAUGAUUAUAAAUACAUACAGAAUUGAUAUAUCUGGUAUGUGAAACCUUAAAACUUUCCUAAUUAAACACAUUCCCUAACAGUUUUUAUCAAAUUUAUCAUAGUUAAGUUUUUCACAGCAGGAUACAAUGUGCCCUAUUAUUACAAUAUUUCCCUUUUCUGCAGCACUCUGCUGUUUUUAAAACCUGUUCUUUAUCUGAAGAUGAUUCAUGUUUUCACAACUGUAUUAUAUUUCAUAUUGAUUUCAUUGUUUUGUCAGAACAGUUAAAUUGUGUUGCAACUAUUUAUUUUAAUGUAAAUAAAGUAAAUGUCAUAUC